GCUGCUUCAUAGCACAACAACACAACACAAAUAAAUAAAAGUGGUCACACACACAAAAAGUCGACUAAAUUUUUUUCUUUGUCCGUGAUUAAUAAAUACGUCAUAAGAAUUUUAGAGAAUAAUUUUUUGAGGAAUUAAUAGUAAAACGUAUAUAACUCUAUUAUUAUGGAUUGUGAAGAUAUGCAAAUGAUAAUCUCCGAAGAACCAAACCUCUCGGAACGCAAAGAGGGUGGCAAGCGUGGAAGAAAACCUGGUCGCAAGGCAUCAAAUGAAAAAGUGGACAUUAAAGCCAAACUAGAACGAAGUCGUCAAAGUGCCCGAGAAUGCAGAGCCCGUAAAAAACUAAGAUACCAAUACUUAGAAGAGUUGGUUGCUGAUCGCGAAAAGGCCGUUCUUGCUUUACGGGCUGAAUUGGAGCGUUUCAAACAAUGGAGCUGUGAGUUAAGCGAGGGAAGAAUUCCAAAUGGGUUUCAUCAGUUGUUAGAGGAGUCUGGAAUUCUUAAGCAAGAGAUAGCAUAAUAAUUUAAAUGCAUAGGUAACAUGUUAGUUUUUUUAAGCAAAAAAUCAUUCUCAUAUGCAAAAUUUCCCAUGAACAUUCUAUUAAGGAACUUGGGCAAGCUAUAUAUGUAUAUAUAUAUGUAUUACACCCACUAAAAUUGUAAUAUAAGUAUAAAGGCAGUGUAAGUAAUAAAUCUUACUCUAAAAAAAAACGUGUUUAU